UGGAAAAAGAAAGCGCCCGUCUGCUCUCACAUCUCGGCCGCUUCAUUACAACAUUUUGGGGAGAGAGAACCAGCAGACGAUAAAUUAUGAAUGUUGAACAAGAUGACCUCUUACCAUCAGCACCAGAUGAUGAGAGGUCCUAGAUGGAAAGGGGCUUGGUUCGACCCCUUCUUUCUCCUGCUGUUGGCUCUGCAGUUGCUUGCAGUGGCAGGACUGGUAAGGGCCCAAACCUGUCCCUCGGUGUGCUCCUGCAGCAACCAAUUUAGCAAGGUUAUCUGUACCCGCAGAGGGCUGAGGGAAGUCCCUGAUGGCAUCUCAACCAACACUCGUUAUCUGAACCUUCAGGACAAUCUUAUCCAGGUCAUCAAAGUGGACAGCUUCAAGCAUCUACGACACUUAGAGAUCCUCCAGCUUAGCAAAAACCACAUUCGCAACAUCGAGAUUGGGGCCUUCAAUGGGCUAACUAGCCUUAACACCCUGGAGCUCUUUGACAAUCGCCUCACAACCAUCCCGAAUGGAGCUUUUGAAUAUCUCUCUAAGCUCAAAGAGCUGUGGCUUAGGAAUAACCCAAUUGAGAGCAUACCGUCCUAUGCUUUCAACCGCUUACCCUCCUUGCGGAGGCUGGAUUUGGGCGAGCUCAAGCGGCUCUCCUACAUCUCAGAUGGAGCGUUUGAGGGCUUGAGUAACCUGCGCUAUCUGAACCUGGGCAUGUGUAACCUCAAGGAGGUCCCCAACAUUCAGCCCUUGGUUCGCUUGGAUGAGCUGGAGAUGUCUGGGAACCAGCUGACAGUGAUUCGGCCUGGUUCCUUCAAGGGCCUCAUCCACCUCCAGAAGCUGUGGAUGAUGCACGCCCAGAUCCAAACCAUUGAGAGGAACUCUUUCGAUGACCUACAGUCAUUGGGUGAGCUCAACUUGGCUCACAACAACCUCACCUUUGUGCCCCAUGACCUUUUUACCCCUUUGCGCCAUCUGCAGAGGGUGCACCUGCACCAUAAUCCCUGGAACUGCAACUGUGACAUCCUGUGGUUAAGCUGGUGGCUUAGGGAGACUGUGCCGACCAACACCAGCUGUUGCGCCCGCUGUUACUCUCCUCCAAGCCUUAAGGGGCGCUACAUUGGAGAACUGGACCAGAGCUACUUUCAGUGUUAUGCACCUGUUAUUGUUGAGCCUCCCGUAGACCUCAAUGUGACUGAGGGAAUGGCAGCGGAGCUCAAAUGUCGGACAAAUUCGCUGACCUCGGUCAGUUGGCUAACACCAAAUGGCUCCAUUAUGACGCACGGGGCGUCCAGGGCACGUGUCUCGGUGCAGAACGAUGGAACCUUGAACUUCACCAGUGUUACCAUGCAGGACACGGGGACCUACACCUGCAAGGUCAGCAACAUGCUGGGCAACGUUUCGGCUGCUGCUGUCCUCAAUGUGACCUCCAUAGACAACAGCGGUUUCAGUUACUUUACCACCGUCACUGUUGAGACCAUAGAAUCCCCGAAUGACGGGGAGAGUAGGACCCCAGCGCAGCCUUCCUUUGGCUGGGUGUCAUCCUCGACUACGAGGGGAACACCCCUCUCCACAGAAAAGGCCUACACCAUCCCUGUGACGGAUAUAGAUGUGGAGGGAGCUCUCAACGGUUUGGAGGAAGUCAUGAAGACCACCAAGAUCAUUAUCGGCUGCUUCGUGGCCAUCACGCUCAUGGCCGCCGUCAUGCUCAUCAUAUUCUACAAGAUGCGGAAGCAGCACCACCAGCAGGAUCACGAUGGGCCCACCCGAACCAUCGAAAUCAUCAACGUAGAUGAGGAGCUGACGGGGGUUCCAGCGAUGGAGAGCCACCUGACUCUUCCUCCCCUGGAGCAUGAGCACUACAACCACUACAACUCAUACAAGAGUGCUUACAACCACGCCUCCACACUCAGCUCGCUGCAUAGCUCUGCGCAUGAACCUUUACUAAUCCAAGCCAGCUCAAAAGAUAACGUGCAAGAGACACAAAUUUGAAUUCCUCGCUUUGAACAGGACAAAAUUUGAUCUGUACUAACAACGUUCUAGGUGUCGGUUGCGGACAAUGUAGUGACGACGAAGACAGUGAUGGAGAGAUGUCACUGAGAACCAGGAUGUAUGUAUUAUUUCAACAAGUGUCUUUACAAGCAAAGAUUAUUUAUUUAAAGAUAUGUGUAGUGGCUGAAUCAAAAAAAAAAGAAG